AUGCUGAUCUUUUCCGUCUUCAAGACACUGACCGAUCAGAUCGUAACGGUCGAGUUGAAGAACGACCUCUGCAUCACGGGCACACUCAAGUCGGUUGACCAGUUUCUGAACAUUCGACUGGACAAGAUAUCUGUUGUGGAUCCCGAGAAACACCCACACAUGAUGGCCGUUAAGAACUGCUUUAUUCGGGGCUCUGUGGUACGAUAUGUCCAAAUACCAGCGACUGCAGUGGACACACAGCUUUUAGAGGACGCAACACGGCGAGAACAUGCGUCGACACACAAGCGAUAA